UCCCUUUGCCCCAUCACAAUUAUUUUCCUUUCAUUUUCUUGGACACAUACAUACCCACGUCCAAUAAAAUCAAACACCCUUCAUUACAUUUACACGUUCAGUUGUUAUCUUUAAACCAAACCCGAAAACAACAGUACCAAGUUUUUGUCAUUCUUUGCUAGAAACUAUGGACUCUAUCAGCACAAGUAGCACCAGUUCAUCAGUGAUUAGUACUGUACAACAAAAAACACCAACAAAGCUGACCAAACCCAAGAAGAAAAAGAACAACAACAACACCUACAACAAACCUAUCAAGGUAGUGUACAUAUCAAACCCUAUGAAGGUUAAGACUAGUGCCUCUGAAUUUAGGGCACUGGUCCAAGAACUCACCGGUCAGUACGCUGAAUCGCCGCCAAACCCUUCUAGGUUUCAAGAGUUUGACGUCAAUGAUAGCGGUACUGACCAGGGUGGUUGUGAGAAUAUGAUGGAUUGUGAUAAAAGUGAUCAAACAGUUGUGGGGGUGCCUUCUCUUGUGGAUCCCGAUGAUAAAGGGAAACCUAGUGAAGCUGGCUCAUCAAAUGAGAGUUUUGAUGAAGAUGUACUUUUGAUGCCUGAGAUGAUGGACAACAUUUGGGAUCUGCUUCCAACAAGUGCAUUCUAUGAAUCUUUCCAACUUGAUAGCUAGUGAUUUAUCUCUUGCAGUGUAAUUAUAUUAUUAAUCGGUAAGAUCAAGCUAGAUAUUUAAUUAUUCUCUCAAAAUAAGUUAUCUUUUUUUUGU